ACACGUGGUAAACCGCAGCCCGCCCCACGGUCAGGCGAGGUGUCUGUCUUACGUAGGCAGAAAUCUCACACGACAUGGUAUUUGUGCCAGAUCCUCCGGCUAAACAAUCACGUCGUUUCGAUGUGUGUUACAUAUAUAUCAUAACUCAGAUCACCAUGGACAUACAGUGAAUACGGCCGAUCACACCUCAUAAGCUGAUUUGAGAUAGAACAUUCUUGCGAAAUAACUCAAUUUUUUCGUCCAUUUUGAAACAAAGAUAUAUUCAAAACGCAAGACAGACAACUGUGACCGUUAUUUCCCCUACAGCGUCUACCGAGUUCCCAGAAACCCAAUACAUUGCUCUGUCAGCGCACUCUUUCUUCACGGCGGAGGGAUCUGUCGGUGCGGGAGUGCUGCGGCCCGGGUCAAUGGCUAUUUGCCUAUGCUAAACAUAGCUGAGAGAAGCUGGCUGCAUAAUCAAGCAUGGAGCUUAUGGAUUAAUUUACAAUUCUAUGACAAUGGACUGAGCUACACACAAGUGCUAUAUUAUGAAGAGGAACUAUGGAACCAGUCUAUUUGAUGCAUUGGGAGGGUAGGAUAAGCUGAGGGAUUUGAAGGAAAGAGAUAAGAUGGUGAGAUGAUGCAUCAAGGAUUUGAGCAGAGUAAUGUCUGCGUGUUCCGAGUUUACCCAGAAUGCUUGGCGCCGUGACCUUUGUGCCAACUGCCAACGAGCACGUGCAGACCACGCGGGAGAUCUCCUCCGAAGCAACUCCGCCAAGUCCUCCCCGGUUCCCAGCAAACGCACAUCGGUCAUCCUCAAGGCCACCUCGCAGCACAUAAAUGGGGUCAAAGUUGAACCCGGUGAUUGUAUCACAAUAACCACAGCGGACAUAGAGAAUGCUAACUCAGAGCUGAACAAGAACGAUAGGAACAGUUCCCGCGAGAAGACACGGUUCAAGAACAAUGAAAACCACAAUAGUAACCUGCUACAAGAUGAGAACAGACCAAGAAUAGUCCGGCUUGUUGGUAGUCAGGGCAACAGGUCAAAUCCAGGGAAGGGUGUGUUGGUGAAGUCAGUCACCCGCCGCCAGAGUCGCGGCGGACACGUUGUGUUCACAGAAGCUGAACCAGACGUGAUUGGUUACGACGGUGGAUUAGAUAACCUCCUUGACGAUGAAGUCGACUCUCAAGGUGAAGGUCACUCAUCCAGUGAUGAGAUGUCCUUCACUGAGGAAGAGAAACAGAAUGCUCUGCUGGCACUUGAAAACAUGAUCUGGAAUGCUGACAUCCGAAAUCUUAAAGAUUCUGCUGCCAGCAAAAAGGGGCCCAGACCUGCCUCCAGCAAGGAGUUCGAAGACCUUGACCUUCAGCUACUGUGUCGACCUGACCGGUUCCACACCCUCCGAGACUGUGAUGCUUCCUUCAAACAUGGGACAUUUCCAGUGCGCACCAAGCCGAGCCUGUCUAAGCUGUCCGUGGAGGAACUGUUCAACUCGGACAUAGAACUGCACCGGAUUGCGGACACUAUGUGUGAUCGGGCAGAUAGUGAAUCCUCGGGGUCAGAGCAGUACAAGCAGACAAGUGUUGAUAGACUGAAGUCGCUGACCGCGUCCUCUGCCUCUUCGUCAGACAGCGACAGUAAAGGAUCAGACGACAAGAAGUCAAUUUUUGUGGAUGUGGAAGAAGAAAGUGAUGUAACAAUGCCAUAUAAAAUAGUGAACAUUAUUCCAAAACACACUCCGAAGCCGUACGUAGUUCCAAAGGAGAACUCUAAGUCGUACACUCUGGACGAUAUUGAGGAGUGUCUGUAUGGAUCUCAGUACGAAUCCACCUCCGGGCCCGAGCCCAAACAAGAAGGGCUUUCUUCCGGGAAGGAGGAAGAAUUGAGCUCUUCUGUGAAAGAGGAACAGAAGAAGAAGGAUGGCAACACCUCCUUCUCGGACACAGACAGCACUAUUGCUGGACUAGAGGUGGUUGAGCUGCUUAAUGAUGUGUUGGCUAGCUAUGGUGAGAUUGAGAGUAAAUACAGUGACUUUAGAUACAGCCCUCGCCAGCCAUUAAUAGAGGUGAAGGCUGGCAGCAAUGAAGGGGAAUCUGGUGCUAAAGAUACCGACAGCAAUACUGACGCCCGCAAGGACAAGUUGAAAAAGAAUGCUGACUUUGAGAAGCGAAUGGCUUCUGUGGCGGCCAACCUUGACCUCCAGAAGUCACGGAAAUCUCGUCAGGCUCCACGACCUCCGAGUUCUCCUCCCCCAGAACCGCAGGUCUCGCCCACACGAAAACUAGCUAAUCAGACGGAGCCGAACUUUAAGAUGGUGACGGUGGGGAAGUCAAUUGUGACUCCUCCACAGCUGGAACCCCUUAUAGCACCGAAGGCCGUGAGUGAACCAAGUCUCGGCCUGGAUGACCAAGAUGACCUUCGGGUCACCUGCAAGUCGGCAGAUAUUGGGAAGGCAAAGCGGGGCUUUACUUCCUUCUUUAGGAACAUUCUGCGUCGUGGGCGGGACUCCUCGGAACUCUCUGUUGAAAGCAGCAAUCCCGAUAUUACCUUCGCGAAGCCGGACACCAAAACGGACGUGAUGUCCUCAUCUAUGAUAGAGAUCAGAGACAUAAAGGAGGAUCAGCCACCGGCCUCCCCGGCGGAGAAGAGAACUGCAAAGUUUUCUCCGCAGCCCAAAUUCCGAGUGUUGCCCCCAGCAACCCCUCCCCCAAUGAGCCCGCCUGUCACCUCCUCCUCCAGCCCUGCACUGGACCACAAGAGCUCCAUGGAGGACCGCUUCGAUGGUGCUAUGCCAAAAGCUGCUCCCAGCUCCCCAUUACAACAUAAGAAGGGAAUAUCUAGUCCAAAACUAAGAAUGAAGAGAGACAUGGAGAAAUCCUCCCCAAUCAUGCAGAGAGCAGCUGCCACCAAAGAGGAUACCACAGUCCUGCCGCAACUUCCAGCCAAUCCCCCCUCCACUAAACCCAAGACAGACUUCACCUCCCAUACCCUCCCCCGUGACCAUGGCAAAUCUCGCGACACCACCUCCUCUUCCAACUCCACAUCCACCUUGUCAAGGUCACAUCAGCCCUCCACAUCCUCCCCCAACCCCAAACCCAUUCCCCCACAGGUGCCCCCGACCCAACCAGGUGCCAAGCCCCCUCCCCCCCAACACGGGACCAAACCACAGGUGCCUCCCAACCCACCACAGACCAAACCACAACUCCCAUCCAAGCCUCCUGGGUCGGGCGGGGAAGAGUCUGGGGUUGUUGUCCGAAGGAGACCGAAGAGUCCCAAGAAGGGGGCUCCCCCUCAGCCGCCCACUCGUACAUCAGUUCCUGCUCGGAUGACGGACACACGGAAUCCAGAUUUUGCUCGUGAGUUGGAGCGAAGGUUGAGUCGGUCCACUGAAGGUGCGUCAUCUAUACGAGACAGGAAGUCGUCCACCCAGGGGCCACCGUCGCCAACAUCGCCUGUUCCAGAGCUUGACGAAUCCAUGCCUGCCUCCCCCACAACCCUGGAUAAGCCGGAGGAAAUCAAGAAGAAUGAAGAUGACUCACCAAGGGAGAAGAUCGACUCACCAAGGGAGAAGAUCGACUCACCGCGGGAGAAGAUCGAGCUGCCGACCGCUGCUCCGAUGAGUAGAAAGAGUUUCCUGGGCAAGUUGGGCAACAAGAAGGUCCGUGCCCCGCAGCCCCCGGCGUCCGUGAAGCGAGCCAAGUCCAUCACCGAGUCCACUCUGCCGCGCACCAACAAACAGAAGAAGAUCAACGCUGCCGACAUAUCGGGGCCUGUGCUGGUGACUGACAUGACGAACACGAAGAUCCUGGAGAACCGGCGGAACACUAUCUCACUAGGUGAUGACCCGGCAUUUGCCUCGGGUUUGAUGUUCAGUGGGCCAAUGUCAUCAUCUGUUGUCAUGGACAAGGAGUUUGAGGAUCUGAAACCUGAUGCUCUCUCCCCCUUAGGCUCUCUGGAGAACCUCUAUGAGGCAAUCCUGCCGAAGUUCGGGGGUCGUCACUUUUAUGAUCCUAUCACUGGCAGUACUGUGACAACAAUUUGUCCGAACAUUCCAGUUGAAGGUUACCUUGAGCCUGUGCCACCGGUCACUGCCACGUCUGGGACUGCAGCCAAUCUCAUGACCUCAAGUAUGUGUGCGUUGCCAUCGACGAUGACCUCCAGCAUGAUGGGGAUGACCUCCAGCAUGGUGGCGAUGCCGUCAACAAUUGAGGAAGAGGAUAGCCUGGGUGAUCCAUUUGAUGAAGAUGCUGACAUGGAUGAAUCAAGACAGAUGCUUCUCGCCUCGCAGCCCAUUUAUGAGGAAAUCAACGGCUACAACAGGGUCAUUGAUGAUGAUGCUACAUCCAUGGUGUCUACGCUGUCCCAGGUAUCACAGACCACUGAGACCGACUUCCUCGCCCCUCCUGACCCCGCAGGUCGCUCCCAGUCCAGGGAAACUGUCUCCUCGGAGUCCGACACGACCUCCACCUGCAGUACCCUCUCCAGGCCUAAACCUGCCCCCAGACGGAAACCCAAGAAAGGUGACCGGUCUUCCUCCGAGCAAUAUGUGGCAAUGAACCGACCAAAUGCGUCAGUUACGUUGCGAGAGGACAAGCUACGAGACCUGCACAGUCGCCUGACAACGAUGAUGUUGCAGAGCCUCCAGGACAUCUACAGUCAGGUGGAACGGCUGCUGUCACAGGAGAAACUGUCCCUGCCGGCACCCCACCAGCUCAAGUGGGGAGACUUCGACAUCUACGGCCAGCCUCUGCAUGCCUCAGAAAGAUGUAUCGUCUAUAAUGCAAAGUUCAAGGUCAACAACUCCCCAUGCCAACUCAUGCUCCUCCACUCACGACCAGCGACAGAAAGCAGCACAGUGACUCAUCCCAGCCUUCUGAAGCCAGCUGCCGUGUUUGCAGACACCAUCCCCUUCUCCUUCCUCACGGAGGAGUUCAUCAAGACAAGUCAGCUGGUCCAGAAUUCUGUGUAUGACAGCAGCCUGGCUAAGUGUUUCUGUGCGGUAGGCAGCUUUGACAUCAUUGAGAGUCUGGACAGUCACUUGUCCCUGCUGAGGGAGACCUUGACCCACAAUGCUGAAGUCUACAUGAACGUCAUCCUCUCCAUGGCACUGCAACUGCUCAGUGCCAUGUCACACUGCUUAGACCAGGGGUACACUGUCACCGAGACAGACUUCCGGGACAUUUUCCUUGUAACACGCAGCGACCUUCGGGGCAAGGUCAUCACCUUCUUGCCACGGCAACGCUCACAUGACGUCCACCAGGGUGAGGCCAUGUGUCGAUUCCUGGACAAGCUGCUGGACGAUGCAAUGACGGAGCACCGAGCGGAGACAGAGAGCCCAGAUACCCUAGACACAGUUGAUACGUUGCAGGGAAUGUUGCAGCCGCGGAAGGUGGAGUGCCUGGCACAGGUUCGCUCUGUCGUGGAGUACCUGCUAUGGGGGCCGAGUAGGACUGACCCGAGCCAGACUGAACCUGGGCGGUCUGAACCUUCUGACAGCCCUGAGGACAUGGAACAGGACCUGUCUCUCUGGCUUGAGAAAGAGAGAGCAGAUCUUGUCACCAAGUUUGCCAAGAGUGUUUCUGGCUUCGUCAAUGGUGUUUCACUGGAGGAAUACUACUGCUUGAAGUUUUUGUUGAAAUCUAGUCCGACUAGCUUAGCGGACAGUGCCAGAAGACUUGCUCUGGAGUGUUAGAUGUUGGUGAGGCUGUAACAUACAGCAGUGUUGCCAUAGGGACAGGAGUUGUAGAUGUUGUUGAGACUGGUGUAACAGAGUGGCUACAGGGACAAAACUUGGUGCCAUUGCUCUUGAGUUAUAUUAACUUCUGGGAGAGCCAGCUCACAUAUGUUGCUGACUAGUAGUUGGGGAAAUACAUUUAAAUAGUGCUACAAAUUGACAUGCUGUAUUAUUAAUAAUUUUCACUUCAAUUAUCUGUCUUCUAAAAUUUAUGCUAGUGUAGACAUGACCUUCACCUUGUAACUGUCAUUGUCAGUAUUGACGAUGUGUAACUAUGCUUAUGUGUGCACUGAGAUUUCUGAUUGUGAGUUAGAUAGCAAUCCUCCGCUGCCGUCACUCUAGUGAACGUAGGCAGACCUGUUGACUCCCUUGCUGUGAUAUUGUCUCCCUCGUUUCUGCACGGUCUACAGCAACUACGCCGUUUUCUUGAUAAGUAGAUUAUGUAAUCUAGUGUGUUCAAAUUAAGAAAAUCAAAGGGCCCUGUACAACCCAAAUGUUUAAAAUCAAAGAUUGGGCAUCCCUAGAUUUAAGUAUGACAGCAGAGAGCCUUAAGGACUGCAGGUGCCCACUUGAUAUCUAAGACUCUAUUGCGUAUGCCCCGCCCACUUGGUAUGUUCCUCUGUCAUCGGGCCAGCAUGCUAUUGGCUGGUCCAGUUGCACCAAAUCUCAUUAAAAUCAGAUCUUAGUUCUCGCUACCACUAAACAAAGAUCUUAGGACAUCCCAUUACGGGUCACAUCAGACCGACCAAUGGAAUGACCAAUCAGAAGGCA